GUUACAUCCAUACCUAAGACCUUUUUACUUACAACUUUUAGAAUUACAUAGGAUCACGUUGGCGAAACGGUGAAGUGCAGCACUAACUUGCGCAUGUGCCCAAGCGCAUUCACAAUUUUCGCUGCUCAUGUGGAAAAGGCGAUGACACAUUGAACGUAAUUUGUUAGCUUGAAGGGGGCUACUAUGAGCUCCUGGGUCCCCACGCGGACGGCGCCCUCUGAGCCGCUAUGCUCGCCUUCUACUAGCUAUGCGGCUCCAGUCGUAUUUUCAUGCAUAUUAAGGUCUGGAUGGCGACGCAAGGGAAUUUUGCAGCGGCACAACAGGACCAGGGAUUCCACCUCCUGUCAGGCCAGCCAGGCUCUCCAAUCCUACCACAACACCUAUAAGCUCAUCCAGCAAGCUGGUAAGAAACCUGGGGGCUCACCGCAGACCGGGCCCGAACCGGGGCCCGAUGAGGGAGGGGCCCAAGACCAGCAGCAGGGGCAGCAACAGGGGCAGCAGCGGCCGCGAAGGGGUCAGCGAUCCCGUUCAGCGUCAGAACCCACUCAGCAACAACAACAACAGCAGCAGCAACAACCCACACAGCCCAAUGCAUCACAACCGCAGCCCUUUGCAUCCUCACCCAUUGAAGGCUUGUUCCAGGAGCACGACCGGCUCUCCGCUGUUGCAGAUCAGCGGUUGCAACAGCAAUCCCAACCGCUUUUACAACCGCCGUCACCGGCACUACAUCGCCCGCAGCUGCCCAACGCCCCCCAACACCCAACAUCUGCCGCACCAGGGCGCCUCAAUGACGCCAACGUCAGACCCAAUGCGGCGCAAUCCCUAACCGACGCAACCGCCGCCGCCGGCGACGCCGCUCAAACCCUAAUGCACCACCUCCCUCGCCACCUCACUCGCAAUCGGCCGCCGCCGUCAGCGCUCUGGCAGCCGCCGCCGGCGAGCCUCCGCAGUCGUACGGCGCUAACCGUCGCCAUUCAACGGUGUCCGUCGUACACACGGUUGCAUCAGUUGUUGGUUGAUAACGCGGCGGAGUAUAACGCCCACCACACCUGCGCAACGCUUUGGCGAAUGAUGGAGCUGCAUUCGGCGGGGUUGCGACCCCGGGAGUCCAGGCUGUUCAAGGAGAGCUGCUCCACAAUGCUGACCAUCCUCCGUCGCCAGCAGCCCGACCAGCUGCCCCCCCGGGCUGCGGUGGUGGCCGCCUACUCGCUAGCCCGGCUGGAGCUGCCGGACCGGGAGCUGCUGGCGGGGCUGGCAGCAGGGCUGGAGCCGCAGCUGAUGAGCCUGCAGCCCCCCGGCCUCGCCACGCUGCUCUGGUCCCUGGCACGCCUCUCGCACCAGCCGCCCGCCCGCUGGAUGGAAAGCGCGCUGGCAGCCGCCGCGGGGCAGCUGCGGGGCUUCCGGCCGCGCGAGCUGGCGAUGCUGCUCUGGUCUCUGGCGCGGCUGCGGUACAAGGCGGCGCCGGAGUGCAUGCGGCGACUGCUGGGGGCGGCGGAGGAGCAGCUGGGGGGCUUCUGCGGUCGCAGUUUGGCCACGUGUGUGCACUCCCUGGCGCUGUCACAGCAGCACCCGGGGCAGGGGUGGCUGGUGGGCGCGAUGGCGCGGGCGGUGCAGCUGGGGCCGGGGGCGUUCACGCCGCAGGGCCUGUCACUGUUCUGCUGGGGCCUGGCCAAGCUCGGGUGCGCUCCCACACCCGGCCUGCUAGACCUGUUGCACCAGCAUGCCAACAACGGGCUGCGCCUUUCGCACAACCACCCGAACUGGAGCACAAGUCAGCAGCUGCUGCAACAGCAACAACAGCAACAGCUACAGCAGCAACAACGGUCAACAUCAUGGCAAGGGCUGCAAGGUGCACGACAGCGCCCGCAGCAACAGCAACAACAGCAACAACAGCAACAGCCGUACGGUGGUUGGUACGGCGGGCUAGACAUUUCCGUACUAUUAUACUCCUUCGCGACCUGGGGAACCAGACCACAGCCACAGCUAGCCAGGCGGUUGCUGGCGGCGUUGCUAACCGAACUGCCGUACUUGGAGCCGAACGAACUUGCCAACUGCAUGUGGGCAUGCGCGAAGCUCAAAUUACACCCAAACCACUCGUGGAUGAACGUCUUCUUGGAUGCGUCGUACCGCCUCCUGCCGUACUUCAAACCCGUGGACCUGUCGCAGUGCCUGUGGUCCCUGGCGCGCCUUUCCUCCCGGCCGCCCGCCCCCUGGCUCUCCCUCGCCAUCUCCCGCCUGCAAGUCACCGCGCCGCUGUUCGGCCCCACCGAGGUGGCCAACACGCUGUGGGCGCUGGCCAAGAUGGGAGUGCGGGGGGAGCAGGGGCUGCCGUCGGAGGUGCUGCAGCUGCUGUUCUUCGCGACAGACCGCCGCCUCAGCAGCUUCAAACCCAUGGAGCUCUCUUCCAUGGUGUGGGCGUUCGCUGCAAUGCGGCGCCUGCCCGACAAGGAGUGGACUGCUGAGUUCCUGAAGGCCUCCUACCACAAGCUGCCUGCAAUGAACGGCUGGUGUCUGGCUACCAUUGGCUGGUCCCUAGCCGAGCUGGCGCUGCCGCUGCCGCCCGCCUGGAUCUACAGCUACGUCAACGCAGCCAGGACGCUCAUGCAGGCGGCUCCAUCGCCGCCGCCGCCGCCGCCGUCGGCGGCGGUGACGACGGCGGCGGCGGCGGCUGGCCUGAUGGUGCCGUCGGCGACGGCGGCGCCGAAUGGUACGGCAGGACAAGAGGACAAUGGCGGCGGCGGCGGUGGGCUGUCGGCGUUGGACCUGGCGCAGAUCAUCACUGCGCUGCGGCGGAUCAAUGGCGGCGGUGGCGGGUUGGCCAAGGUGGAUGAGUACCUAGCGGAGGCGGAGGAGCGUUUGCGAGAUCUGGAGGCGCGCAGCGGCGCCUACUCGCGACAGCAGGUGCGCUUCUUCCUGAGCAUGUCUCCGCGCCAGGUGGGGCUAGCGGCGGCGGAGGUGGCGGAUGCCGCCGCCGCCGCACCGACGGCGGAGGUGGUGGAGGUCGGUAACGUUGCCGACGGGCUGGUCGAUGGGUUUGAGGAGUUGGUUGGGAGUGAGGUGGGAGGUGUCAGGGCCCCGGCGUCAGCGGCGGCGAAGGCGGUCGGCGGGGCUGCCGCCUUAAGGCCGAGAGAUCAGCAGCCGCAAGCUGGCGACGACGGCACCGCCGCCGCCGAGGGACGUCAUGAUGCAUGGCGCGGGAGCCCGAGUGGCGGCUGGGGUACGACACGGACGGAUGCGCCGUCAGCGGUGCGGUUGGAGGUUGGGAAAGUCGGCGUCGAGCUGGCGUCGCCGUCGGGCCCGGCCGUAUGGCGUCGCGCGGGCGUUACGUCGGAGCAGCAACGCGACAGUGGCAGCAGUGGUGGCGGCGGCAGCGCUAGCAGUAGCAUUGGCAAUGGCGCGUCGGGUAAUGCUGUCAGCCCUAGGGCAGCUAGCGGGGACGGAGAUGAUGUUACAAGCACAGAAGAAAUCAAGAGGUGGUUGCUGGCGGCGGCGGUAUGAAAGGUUAGUAAUGCAGGUUGUGUGCAGACCGUUGCGUUGGUGGUUGUACGGCAGUUGACAUGAGGAGUUGACGAGCUGUUGUACGGCAAGGGAUAAAUGCGCAUGUGCGGUGAAGAAUGCCAUGUGCACCUAGGAAUGGUUUACCGCAGACAUGUUUACGCGUUAGCGUGCGAGUGUUCCUUAAUGUGUGGCGCACUUAAAAUGAACUUUCGUAGAGAGGCAGGAGUGGGUGCUGGGUGCUGCGCGCUUUGUAGGCGAUAUGCGGUCCAAGGGGUAAACAGGGAGGGGAGGUCCGGAGUAUGCGAACGCCGUACAUGCGGGACAGGGAGUGCGACAAGGUUGAAACAGGGCCUGCAAUGGUUACAACCAGUACGGGGACACUUUCGUGUGUUGUUCACUCCUGUGUGUGUUAGAUCGCGAGGGUCUCAUGGGUGUCUGUGUCAAUGGGGGCAAGGAAGGCUUGGGAACGCUUGCUGACCGCAUGGGUUGGUCUAUCUGUGCUUGCAAGCCCCUUCCCACGUCAUACGCCCCAUUGGUUUGGGCACGUGUCAAGGCUUACAGCGUGGGAUUGAUAAGAACCGGCCUCGGAAAGGACGUCAGCCUGUGUGAGGCUUUGGCGGCGGAUGGCAGCUGGUGGAUGGAAAAUUUUAAGCCGGAGGGGGUGCGUAUGGAAAUUGGGAAAUAGCGGUUGGAACGUUUGUCGAACUUGGUGUCCGGAAUAUGAAGGGACGCAGCGGUUACUAUGUUGGUUGCACGCGGAUGGCAGACUGCCAGCAACUGCUGGGAAAUGCACAAGGUAACGGGGCUGUUGACUAUGCAAUGGACACACUUUCAACUACACUUCAAUGGACACGCUUUAGGCCUGGUACUCACUUCCUCAAGGACUCCAUCCGUUGGUCGGGCUUCGGGGGUUUCGCGGCCUUCCGUCUGCCUUCUCGUCAGACCCGUACUUCAGCUGGUUUUCGGUCCGGUGUGUCAUAUCUCCUAGCUGGACGCCGUUUACUAAGAUAACAGUUGAAAUGGGUCAUCUUUAUCGGCUCGCGCACGAUUUGGGUUUGCCAUGUCUUGCAUAGUAGUGAAGUGUACUUCAGGGGUGUACUUCAGUUCUAAGAAGCGCUGAGGAGGAUAGUUUCCGCCGUUGCACCCUUCCGCUCACGCAUCCUUAAGAGGAAAAGCGCUAGUGCCUUGUUGGCGUACAUGCCUGGGCAUGCGUUGUAUGCGUUUCUUAUGGGUUGCGAUAAGAGGGUGUGGCUAGCUCAG